AUGACCAGGCGUUCAGGCAUCGUAGAGAAGCCCCAGGGCCCGCCGCCUUGCAGACUCCCUCAUGGCAAGGUCGGGGCCACGCUCAUGUACAGGUCCAGGACUUCGGGCAGCCGCAUGCCGGUGACCGUGAAGGAGGUGGAGAAGGAGCGGGUGCUCAUCUUGUUUCAGGGGGACGGCACCACAUGGAAGCGCAUCGAAGGCCUCUCCGGCGAGUCAC